CCAGAUUCGCCAGAUUCUUCCGGGGUCGCGACCACAGGUCACAGAGGCCUUCGAUCUAAAGAUGGCGGCUUCAGCAGUGAGGGGGGCUGUGGCGCUGCGUACGAGUAUUAGCCGGCCCGUGGCUUUUGUCAGAAAAAUUCCCUGGACCGCGGCUUCGCGUGAAAUCGACGGCUUUUCGCGAUGGCUUGAAUGGGGUCAGAGUACGGAAGGAGGGAAAGGGAAGAAGGACUUCGAGGUUUUUAGCGACAAAGAGACUGGAUUUCACAGAGGUAUGGGUUGGAUUCAGUUUUCUUCAGAAGAAGAACUUCAGAAUGCACUACAACAAGAAAAUCAUAUUCUUGAUGGAGUAAAGCUCCAUGUUCAAGCUCAAAGACCAAAAGUUUUGCAAGGGGAUCAAACAUCUGAUGAAGAGAAAGAUUUUUGAGACUAUUACUACC